AUGAACAACUACACUGCCGCAGUCCCAGACAGUGCGCUUGCCGAUCCACACGCGAAUACCAUUGCAUCCAUCCACGCACCAGCUGUCGCUGCAGGAAACCCCCGCAAUAUCAACGAUGUGCAAGCAGCUACUGAAGACGUUGAGUCCCGCAAGCGUCUCGGCAAUGUUCAUGGCAAUCGAGAGACUGAUGCCGAAAUGGGGGCCGCAAGAGUUCGACGUCAUGUCGUGCUUGGCGAAAACGCAGUGAGUAUGUACCCCAGUGCAGAAGCUCCUGCAUGGUUUGCUCCGGCAAUGCAAGUAGCACUUCAACCACUUCUUCACGCCGAGUCGCGAGGAAUUGCGCGCAUGAUCAAUUCAAACGUGUGUCAAGAUAAUGACAUGAUUGAAGCGCUGGUCGACAAUCACGGGACGAUUCCUGCAUUGCUCCCAGGUGGUUUGACGUUGGGGAUACUCAAAGCCUUGCCCCCUGCUACCGUCGACGCUUUGCUGUCUGCGUAUGAUCAAGUGGCCGUGGGUAACGAGGCCGCGCGGCGCCGCCAACUUUGUGUCUGGUUGGGCUUGAAGCAGGGAUUCUUUUAA